AUGAUAGAUAAAGGAACUCAGUCAGAAGUCGAUUCAAGAAGGUUGCGAGAUGUAUGUUGUGAGACAGAUUUCGAGAUCUUUCACAUUGGAAUGCAAAGAAAUUCAGAUUCUAUAUCUUAUUCAAUGAAUUUUGAUAAGGCUAACAGUGAACUUCUUAAUUUACUAACUCCACCGAUAACACCUGAUCGCAUGCAUUUAAUAGAUCGAAUUCAACUGAAGCCUUUCCGCUCAAAACCACUGCAGAGGGAUGAACGUUUGAAGAUAUUUGCGAAUUCACGAGUGGGUAAUAAGCUACCAACAGCAAUUCCUGGUGCUGAACACUACGCAUUAAAAUUCAUGAAAUAUGAUAUUCGUUACGCUUAUCAACUGAUUGGUAAAUAUCUAAUUAUUAAUGGCAAUCGAUUAAGUUUCAUUAAUUUUUUGAAAAAUGAAUUUUGCAUGGAUACUCUUGACGCUUACAAUGUCCAUGACGCAAUUACCAUGAGAAUUUGGAAAACACAGUUGACAGAAAUUAAAACGAUUUAUGGACUGAAUGAUCAAAACGUUGAAUGUCUUAUUGCCAAUGGAUAUACUUCAAUGUCAAUGGUGAUUGGUGUUUAUUUGGUACUUCUCAAAGAUAGCAAAUUAAUGCUGAAAUUUUUGCGGAAAAUGGCCGCACUUAAGGGACCUUUAUCAAGUUUUGAACUGGAUGCGAUAGCUGAUAUAAGUGUGCUUGUUGCUGCUUUAUAG